CCCAGCUCAACGUUUGCACUCUCACCCUCAGCUAUAUUCAAUCGAUUUCUCAUUUCUCCUUCCAUCCACAUCCACCAAAAUGCCAGGCCGUCUCGAAGGAAAGAUUGCCCUAGUUUCCGGCUCAACUCAAGGCUUCGGGCGCGGAAUUCUUGAGACGUUCAUUCGCGAGGGUGCAGUGGUCUUAGGCAUGGACCUACAGGCCACUGACGGCCCUGUCGCUGGCUACCCCGAGCAUCAGGCCUAUCAAAUCAAAGCCAACGUUGCCGAAGAGCAAAGCUGGAAGAAGGCUCUCGAGACUUCGAUCACCAAGUUCGGAAAUGCUCCCUCCAUCGUUGUCCACAAUGCCGGAUGGUCAUACCCGAACAAGUCCGGUCUCGAUGUCACCGUGGAAGAGUUUGACCGUCUCUUUAAUGUGAACGUCCGGAGCAUUUACCUUGCUUCUAAGAUUCUCAUCCCCGAGAUGAAGAAGAACGGUCCUGGCUCCACGGUGGUCAUUUCUAGCGAGAACGCCAUUCGACCAGGCGCCACCCAGACAUGGUACAACGCUACCAAGGCCGGCGUUUCUUCAGCCACCAAGUCCAUGGCCCUAGAGUUUGCAAGAGACCAACUCCGCUUUAAUACGAUUUGCCCCACCUCAGGAAACACUCCGUUGCUGAACAAGUUUGCUGGUAUUGACGCUGGACCUGUUCCUGCUGAGAUCAUUAAAGCGAAGUGUGAGGCGAUCCCCAUCGGUCGCCUGGUCGAACCGUCCGAUGUCGCCAACGUUGCUCUCUUCCUGGCGGAACCUGCGAGUUCUAUUAUUAGCGGUGUUGAGAUUCUAGUAGAUGGUGCGCGCUGUGUAUAA